AUGAUGCUCCUCUCCUUCUGCAUUUUCACUCUCUCUUUAAACGUGGUCUUCUCUAUGGUCAUUCCUUGCCGCCCCCCGAAGAACUCCUCGGAUAUCACGCCCUUUCAACUCACCCUUAUCGCGCCUUCGACGCGCGCGUGCAACAUCUCCGCCCCAUUCACUGACGAGUGCCGGACGGCCGAACAAGCCGCGCCGUUCAUCAACAAGGCCUUCACCGACUACGCGAUUGCCUCCGUCGGCGAGAAAGCGGCCAUCCUGAGCUUGAUGCUUUUCGAAACUGGGGAGUUCAAGUUCGAUAGGAACCACUUCCCUGCGCCAGGACGCCCUGGUCAAGGAACGCGGAACCUCAUGACCUUCCCGUUCGUCCACCAAUACGCUCUCGACACCCCUUCUACGCACUCCCGCGCCCUUGCCCUCGCAGGGACCAACGCCACCGACCCUAGCAUCACGAACGACACUAUGAACGCUGUGCGCGACCUGGUGCUGGGCGACGAGCUCGGCUUCGCGAGUGCGAUGUGGUGUGGUUCUACACGGCCAACGCGUCAGGGAUGGGAGAACUAUAUCACUGGGUGUGCUUUCACCGGCGUGACGGGAGAUCGCACAGCGGUUUGGGAGAAGACUGUGUCUGUGCUGUCUUUAUCUUUAUAG